AAGGUUCUGAAGCUGAAGAACAUUUUGCUGAAGAACAUCCGGAUUUACUAGUUCCGUUUUAUUGUUUAGCUUGCCAGGAAAACUUCAAGACAUAUGAUGAAGUGUUGGAGCAUCUUGAUGCUGAUCACAACUACAAGAUCAACUACAGCUGCCCAUUCUGCGAUCACGACGAGUUCGUCACUCAGAGUAAACUAAACAGGCAUAUAGGGGAUAAACAUCCCGAUGAAGAACAGCUGUUCACCUGUAAUAUGUGCACUAAAGGGUUCUCGUCAUUCCAUGCGUUGAAGAGUCAUCAGAAAACCCAUCUGAACGUGGAUCCUGAUAUGAUGAUUGACCCCAAGACUAUGGUGUCUAGUAUGCAGGUUGCGUUUAGCUGUAGGUUUUGUGGAGAAAAUAUUAUGUACGGAAAACAUCUAGAUGAACAUAUUAGGACGACCCAUCAAGCUGACCUUGAGUUAGGUGAGAAAGCGUAUACUUGUCAGAUUUGUGAACAGAUGACAGAUUCAGAAAAUAUGGAUCCAGCUGAGAACCAGAAACCUGGAGUAGCAUUCGACGAGUUUUAUCAUUUCGAAACACAUCUUAGGAUGCAUGGGAUCAAUGUAGACAAUAUCUGCCGAUUCUGUCGGAAAACAAAUUACAACAGAAACAAGUUUGUUCAACAUUUUAAGGAUGAGCACCCGGGUGAAGUACCCUACGAGUGUCCCCGCUAUGGCUGUGAGAAGAUGUUCACUAGAAAACAGAAACAACAAGAUCAUAUUACUUUGCAUAGAGUUAGGGAUGGUGAUGUUCCCGAAGAUAUGAAAAAACUUUGCAUGGAAUGUGGAAAAGUUUUCUAUAUCAGGAAGAAGUUGGAGCAGCAUGUUAGAUUAAUGCAUGGAGGAGUAGGACUUCCUGAUAACAUUCUCCAGACUGCGAGUAAAAGUAGAAAGCAUCAGUGUCAUCUUUGUGUGAAAACGUUCAGUAACAAUUCUUUGUUACAGGCGCACUUGAGAAAGCAUGAUAACAAUCCCAGCUUUGUGUGCGAUCAUUGUGGUAAAGGAUUCUAUAGAAAGGAUAGACUUGCUGUACACACCAGAUCUGUACAUUUAGGUAUGAAAAACUUUGCCUGUGAUCUAUGUGAAAAGAAGUUUAUUGAUUCUUACAAGUUGAGAAGACACUUGAAAACCCAUACCUCUGGUAGAAACCAGCCUCAAGCUGUGGUUGCAACCUCAGUGGAGGUUACUUCUACCCCAACUGUAACCUCGUAUGCGAUGAUUCAAGGAGGGACUAGAAAAGAACAAACUGUUACAAUUCACGGGAUAGGGUCUGGGGGCCCAACAAUAAUACAGUUGUCUGAUCAGGCCCCUGUUGCUAAAAGAACAACUGUUCAAGCAGUUCAGAACUUUCUCAAGUUUGAGAAUGAAGAGGAGGUUCUAGAGGUAGAGCAGAGGCCUGUAGAUUUCACGCAGCAAGGAGAUAACAAGAUACAACAGUAUAUAAUCAAUACACAGCUCUACCAUACAUAGAUGUAUAUUUCGGCCCAUUUAUGGCCCAAAACUUCAAAUAUUUACACCCUCCGGAAAAUAUCAUAAGCCACCCCUGAAUGAAUUCGUCAUGGGUAUUAGUGUAAUGUGUAAUUUUUACAGAUUGUAAAAUUGUUAAAAUGAUUUGAUUUAUUCAAAAAAAAUCAUUAAUUUUAGAAGCAAUAAA